AUGUUUUGGUGGUACAAUAUACAGUUACAUAAUAAUUUAUUUAUUGUUCUAUUCAUAUUAUGUACAUUUCAUUGUUUUAUAUGUUUUCCAAUCUUUGAUAAUGAAUGUGGUUCUACACCAUUUAUAUUUAAUCCUAAUGGUAAUAUAUAUUCACAUAAAGGUUAUGAAAAACAAUUAACAUAUAAUGGAUUAAUUCAAUGUUUUUGGUUAAUUCACAUCAAUCCACAAGAUCGUAUUAUGAUACAAUCAAUUGAUUUUGAUCUAGCUAAUGAUUCAUUGACAUGUAAUGAAGAUCAUUUAACAAUUUAUAAACCAGUAAAUGAUCAAAAUGAUAAUAUAACAUUGUCAGAAAUGGAUACAUUCACUAAACGAAUUGGUAAAUAUUCAUAUUGUGGAUCAACAGGUUUUAGAGUCUUGUCUAGUUCUAAUCAGUUAUUGUUAAUAUUUAAAGCACGAUCAAUUGGAAAACAUAAAGGUUUUAAUCUACGUUAUUCAGCUAUAAAUUCUAAUUUGGCAAAUAUAGUAGAAUCUUCAUCACAGUCGUUGAUAAUGAAUAGGACAUGUGACUCAUCAUUUGAAUGGAAAUGUCCAACAACUCAAUGUAUAUUGAAAAUAUGGAGAUGUGAUGGAUUUUCUGAUUGUUCAGAUUCGGAAGAUGAACUAAAUUGUUUAAGUCCACUUUCAAAAAUAUCUCUUUUGAAUAAAAGACAAAAGAGGUCAGUUUAUGAUAAUGAAGAAAACUGGGGUCGUGUGGUCAAUGGUCAACCGGCUCCAAAAGGUGCUUGGGCUUUUAUAGUUUCUUUAAGAUUCUCUGGAAAUGGGGGACAUGUGUGUGCAGGCAGCCUAAUUAGCCCACAAUGGGUAAUGACAGCUGCACACUGUGUUCAACCAAUGCCAGAUCCAAAGCGAUGGUUUGUAGACGUUGGAAGAUAUUAUAAAAACACUGGUGGUCCUGAAGUUCAAAGAAUAAAACUUUCACAAAUUGUUAUACACCCGUCUUACAAUAAAAGAAUUUACGCCAAUGACAUAGCAUUGUUACGUCUACAAACUCCAGCUAACUUAAAUAAUCGUCAGGUUCGACUUUCUCCAGUUGCACGUAGUUCUCAUUUAUCCAAUUUAUUAACAGCUAAUGUUCAGUGCAUGGUUGCUGGUUGGGGAGAUACACAUAAUACAGGUUCAAAUGAUGUUCUAAGACAAGCAGUUCUUCCUGUUAUUAAUUUUGAUCUUUGUAAAUCAUGGUAUUAUUAUCUUAAUAGAGCAAGCUUUUGUGCUGGAUACAAGCAAGGAGGAAUCGAUGCAUGCCAAGGUGAUAGUGGGGGUCCUCUAUUGUGUUAUGUUGGAGGUCAAACAGUUCAAGCUGGAAUUGUAUCAUGGGGUAACGAUUGUGCAAAACCAAGAAAUCCAGGAGUUUAUACUAAUGUGGCUAUGUUUUUUGACUGUACUACUACUACUACUACUACUACUACUACUACUACUACUACUACUACUACUACUACUACUACUACUACUACUACUACUACUACUACUACUACUACUACUACUACUACUACUACUACCACUACUACUACUACUACUACUACUACUACUACUACUACUACUACUACUACUACUACUACUACUACUACUACUACUACUACUACUACUACUACUACUACGAGUUCAGUGGAAUAUGAUUACGUAAUGAGAUUAUUGUUUUUCAUUGUGAUUAUUAAUAUGAUAUUUACUAUUAAAAGUAAUCAACUUUCUGAUCCAAAUUGUCGAUGCUUUCUAUUCGAUAGUACAAUGUAUAAAUCGGGUAUAUUUAAAACACCGAAUUAUCCGAAAAAUUAUCAAUAUGAAUUAAAUUGUUUAUUGUAUUAUUUUCAUGGUUUAUCUAAUGAACUAGUGAAAAUUACAUUUACAACAUUCAAUUUAAGAAAACCUAUUGAGAAAAAAUGUAUAGAUUAUUUAGAUAUGUUUACUACAAUUGAAUCAAAUAAUCAAAUGGCAAAACAUUCUAAUCUUAUGAAUAUCUCUUCAAUAAAUUAUUCUAGACCAGCGGAUUAUAGAUUAUGCGGUGAUUUAAAUGAUUUUCCACAAAAUGAUUUUUAUUCAAUUAGUUCUAUAUUAUUAUUAAUAUUUCAUACAGCAUCUAAAAUUCCUGGUAUCAAAUAUCAUCAACAAAUGGGAUUUAUUGGUCAAUUUACAUUUGAUUUAAAAAGUAAUUAUCAAAAUAAUGGAAAACAUAAAGAAAAUACAUUUUGUGAUUAUGAAUUUCAUUAUAAUAAAUUAUUAAAUAAUACAAUUAAAUAUGGAAAUUUUUUCUCACCAUUUUAUCCAAGUAAUUAUCCACCAAAUAUUAAAUGUCGAUUCAUUUUUAUAGCAGAUAAUAAUCAACGAAUUCUAUUAACAUUUCAUUCAAUUCGAUUAAAAUUAAUGACAAAUGAAGAUAAUAUAAGUAAUAUAGAAAGAUGCAGUACAAGAAAUUCUAUACCUGUGCAAAAUGAUUUUAUUUCCAUAUCUGAGAUGUACAAGAAUAAAUCGAGAACAUUGGCAUAUCUUUGUACUAACCUAGUGAAUAUACAACUUGUUUCACAUACUUCUAUAUUAAAAUUGGAUUUUAUCAGUCGUAGUCCUUUCUAUCAAGGUCAAGGUUUUCAUGGAACUUAUGAAUUUGUUCAUGAAUCUCAAGUUUUACCUUCUCCAUUUCUUGAAGAAGAUGAUCAACUAGUUGAAACUAAUGAACAUGAAGAAAAAUAUCAAAAUUCUAGAAAUAAUCAAGAUAAACUAGAAAAUUUGUCAAAUGCCAAUAAGUCCAGACUAUUUUUUGCUGAUGCUGGAUUUACAUCCACAAGAAAUAUGCAAUUUCACGAAGAUGAAUAUUCAUCGGAUCCAGAUUUUAUGAACUUUCAAUAUUCUAAUCAAUUCAAUAAUGAAAUGAAAUCAAAAUAUGUACAAAGAAAAUUAAUUGUUUCAAAAGGUCCAGUAAAUCGUACACAAGGUAUAAUUCAUUCACCUCAAUACCCGGAACCUUAUCCACCUUCAAUUAUAACAAUGUAUACUUUUAUAGGUCAGCCUACAGAGAUAAUUUUAGUGAAAUUUUUAUUUUUAGAACUUGGAAAUUCAAAUAACUGUGAAAAUGAAAAUCAAUCAUUAGGUGAUCGUAUUCAAUUAAUCGAUGGAAUACAUAUUGAUGAUCCAUUAAUUAUAGAAUAUUGUGAAAAUAAAAUUAUAACCAAUAAUCAACAAAAAUUCUAUGCAACAAUUAAACCUGAAUAUUUUAUUUCAUCAAAGAAUUUAAUGAUAAUAAUAUUUAAAAGUGACCAUAUAACUAAACCAAAUGAAUUAGGUUUUAAAUUAUUUUAUAGUUUUGAACUAAAAGAUCAAAGUUAUAUAAAACAUACUUAUAAAGAAGAAAAAGAAAGAAAAGAAAAAGAAGAAAAAGGAAAAAAAGAAAACUAUUUAACGAUAACUAAUCAAAAUGGAAUCAUUCAAAAUAAACCGGUUAAUUGUUCAAAGUUUACACUUAUUACUGAAAUAAGUUUAAUUCUGCCUAUAAUCAUAUGUUUCCAAUUGAAAGAAAAUAGAUAA